AUGAGCGACCCAUACUAUCCCGACCAACCGUUGGAAGCAACACCCAAAAGGACUUUAUGGGGCAAGAUCAGGAGAAUAAUCUGGGAUGAUAUUCAAGAUCCAGAAGAGAGAGCUUUCGUAAGACGAUUGGAUUGUGGUCUGAUGACCAUUGCGAUGUUGGGUUAUUUCGUCAAAUACCUAAGUCAAGCAAAUAUCGCAAAUGCGUAUGCGAGUGGGAUGAAAGAGGAUCUGAACUUUAAAGGAAAUGAGUACAACACUCUGUUAACCAUGUUCACCGUCGGCUAUGUCAUUGGUCAAUUUCCGGGUACUCUCGCUACCGUCAAAAUUUCACCUUCGAUUUGGUUACCUACCUGUGAAGUGAUCUGGACAGCUUUAGUCAUGUCUUGUGCAGCGGCCAAAAACGUUCACACCUUAUACGGACUCCGAUUUAUCAUCGGCUUGUUGGAAGCUUCCGCUUAUCCCGGUAUGCUGUGGGUACUAGGAUCAUGGUACGGUCCAGCGGAGCUGGGCAAACGAGUGGUGAUGUUCCAAGCUACUUCGUCGGUCGGAACAAUGUUUUCGGGAUACCUUCAAGCGGCAGUGCACUCCGGACUCGACGGGGUGGGCGGCUAUAAAGGAUGGCAAUACUUGAUGCUUAUGGACGGCGUCAUCUGUAUGCCCAUUGCGAUCGCCGGAUACUUUCUGAUUCCGGACAUCCCUACGAGACCUAACCCUAGAGCAAGAUGGUACCUCAGAGAUCAAGAUAUCAAGAUGGCUAUAGCCAGAAUGGAGAGGUAUAAAAGAGCUCCCACCAAAGGAUUCACUUUGGACAUCUUUAAAAAGAUUAUGACCUCUUGGAUUCCCUGGACUUUCUUCAUCCCCUACACCUGCUUCGUAGUCGGACUUGGAUCAUAUGCAUACAUGAAUUUGUGGUUGAAGGCUACUCCCCCUUGGAAAGGUGAUGUCACAGCUAUCAAUGUUAUUCCUACCGGAGGUUACGCAUUGUCGAUUGUCAUGUCACUGGUAUAUGCUUGGUCCAGUGAUGCUCUGGGCACCCGUUGGCCCAUAUGUUUCAUAGGUGGUUUCCCUCCGUUGGUCGGUAACAUCAUCCUAUCGGUAUGGCCUGCUAAGAACUCUACCAAAUUCGCUGGCUUCUUCUUAAAUUUCACUGCUACGCCUAUCGGAGCAAUCAUGUUAGCUUGGGUGAACGAGAUCAUGGCUAGUUCAGGUGAAGCCAGAGCUAUCACCAUUGGGUUUUUGAAUACUGCUGCCUACACUAUAAACGCAUGGGCACCAAAUCUCAUCUUCCCGGCAUCUCAAGCGCCACACUACAAAGCAGGUUAUAAAGUGACCACCGCCUUCUUCGCCAUAUGGAUUGUAUCCAUUCCUAUCAUUUUGGUGUUACUCAGAACAUGGUCUAUACCUAAAUACCAACAAGACGACGUGGUAGAAGAGGAAGAAGGUGCACCCAAGUCUGUUAACGAGAAGAACAGUACCGAGAAUGAUAGAUUACCAGAUCUGGAAUCUUCUUUGGCUAAGAGUGCGGUGAUCAGUGGAGUGGAUGGGAAGGCCACUGAACCACAAUAG